UUAAAAGUUAAGUCUUUAUGUUUGGGCUAAUGAAAUGCAGGUUACUUGGCAUUUAUAUAUAGGAGCUAUUUACCUUGUUUCACAGAUUAAUUGUAAUUACAGGUGCAAAUGUGGACAUUGCACAGUCCAGCUGGUUCAAAAUGCAGAAGAAUGCUUGUGUUGCAAGGAAAUUGAGAAGUGCAAGGAGUCCCUAAGAAGUGAGAUGGUGCUUGAAGACACAUCUAGGGAGCCUUCUUGCAUUACAGAACACCCAGGUUUCACAUCAGUUUGUCUGGGGAAGUGGAGCCUUAGGAUGGCAGCACCAUCUUUCAAAACAAAGGAUUACACUUCUUACUGGCAAAAAGGAAUAGAGAAUAAGUAUGUUUGCAACAAUUUAUUAGAAAGGAACUACAUUUAUUUGCCAGUCGAGAGUGGCACAACAUUUAAAGGAAAAUUAAAAAAAGUAGAGCACUACUCCAGAAGAUUUGUUAUUCCUUUAUGGUCACAAUCAUUUUUUGAAAUUGCUUCUAAUAUACUUUUUAUGCUAUUUUAUAGGUUCCUAAGAAGUAUAUCCUACAGGGUAUUUGUACGAAUGGUUUAUGGCCGUUUAGGGAAGAAAAGAAUUCCUCUACCCUCAUGUGUUUAUGCUGCAAUUCGAAGACAGUUCCCAUUAGAAUAUGGAAAGACAUUUUGUGGUUAUAAAAAUUAUGAACAAGAUCUGGCAUAA